UAGGGCUAGGGUCCUUUUCGCCAGUGGAAGGUGCACUCGGAGCUGGGGGUCGUUUUCCCGUCGCCGAGACACCGCAAGGUGCUGUGCCGCUAAGAGACAAUGGGGGGCAAGACAAGUGCGAUUGCAGCCGGGGUCUGCGGGGCCCUCUUCGUUGGUUACUGCGUCUAUUUCGACAGGAAAAGGCGGAGUGACCCUAACUUCAAGAACCGACUGCGGGAACGUAGGAGAAAGCAGAAACUUGCUAAGGAUAAAGCUGGUGUUUCCAGGUUGCCCGAUCUAAAAGAUGCUGAAGCAGUUCAGAAAUUCUUCCUUGAAGAAAUUCAGCUGGGAGAGGAAUUACUAGCACAAGGAAACUAUGAGAAGGGGGUGGAUCACUUGACGAAUGCCAUUGCUGUUUGCGGACAGCCUCAGCAGUUACUACAGGUCCUACAGCAGACGCUUCCCCCACCAGUGUUCCAGAUGCUGCUAACCAAACUCCCCACCAUCAGUCAGCGAAUUGUCAGCGCACAGAGCCUUGCUGAAGAUGACAUCGAGUAAGAGGGAUGACAAGCCAGGGUGCAAACUGCAGAGAGAUCCUCCCAUAUCUCGCCCAGCUCCACAGCGGCAGCCUCCAGGAGAACUGAAACUCAACAGGCAGCUUUGGUUCCGGGAGAAGUAGAUUAAUGAUUCCUCUUUUUGUAACCCUCGUUGAUGUAUUUGGUUUCACUUAUAUUUAUUAUUUUUUUCCAGACCUGGUAUUUUGAUACUUUCUAUCAGAUUGAGUGAAUGUUUGUCCCCGUCUUAAACCAUAUCAUUUGUUUUUAGACAACUACAGUCAUGCUGUAGUGCACCACGGUCAUAUAUGAUACUGUACAUAAGACUUGUACUGUAGAAUUUAUCAUGAAUUCACAACCCCUGCCUAUAAUUUGGGUGUCAUUAAACAGGUUAAUUACCUUC